UUUUGGAUGAAGAGUUUUGUUGUUGUCGUUUCGUUGCACACGUAGAAUGUGAAGAUUGAUUGGUCGGUGCGGUGUUUGUCUCGCCCCUCCUCCACUUUGAUUGGACGGCUGGAUUAAAAAGUGACGUUCAACGACCGGUAAAAAACGCCUCGCGCUGUGCCUGCGAUUUUGCAGCUACGACUCUUUUUCUCCAUCAUCACCAGCCUACUAAACUAAAUAGAAAUCAAGUCAGAGAAAACAAUAAACAGAGAAAAAAGCAUCGGCUGAUAACACUUCAUAAUAAACAAAAAAUGUAUUUACAUUAGUUUAACCCUCUGCAUUAGUUAACAUGGACAUAGCCUAUUUCUACCGAGUUAAUGUAGCAUUUAAUACUACAUUUUUAAGAUCAAAAGUUGUAUCUGUUUGCAAUGGUUAAUGCUCUGUGAACAAUUAAUAGCCUAACAUUUUAAAGUAAAGUUUUACCACCUCUUGACCACGUAGGUAGGCUACAUAAAAUGUCAGUUUGGAUAACCUGAAUGUCUGAAUUACAAAACAACUCCUAUAAUUUAUCAUGUUACAAAUCUUAUAGAAACAAUUAAUAGACAGUUGAAGCUUCAGAUUCUCUAUUUGAAUGAUAAUCCCUGAACUGUGAUUGUUUAUCCUGAAUAAUCUAAUUACAGCUUCUCCUGUAGGCUUAGCAUACAGAAUUGUUUAGUCUUCCAUUUUCAUUAAAACCAUGUUACCAAAUAUUAGCACUGUAGUAGGCUACUGUAGUAAUCAAUACAAAACUGUAGUCUAAAAUACUUUAUUUAUAAACAAUAAGAUUUAUCAAAAAAAAAUCUUCUAUAGCCUAGAGAAAGAGUCAAAAAAUAAACCCAACAGGAAAAGAUCUAAAAAGACAGUGGGUGGAGACGACAAUGAAGAGAAGAGAUGUGUGGAGCAGAGAGCAGGUUUAGCCCAGUAAUGUGGAGAAGAAGCGUGUUUGAUCAGGAUGUGCUGAAGCUCACGGCAUACACACUUCACACAAGCUUCUGAAGCUCAGCGAGCAGAAGACACAGAGACAGCACUGGACCACUCUUUCAUUCAGGACAGGACCUCAACCAAGAUCAGACAAAUGACACAGCAGAGAUCGGACAGUCUGGAGUCAGCGGACUCCGAGCUGGCACAGUGUGAGACGGAGGUGAGCACUUUACUGCAGAUCAUUUCUGAGCUCAACAGGAAGAUGGACUGCCUACAAAUACCACGGGUCUGUGUUCUCAGAGAGAUGAAACCUCCUGAGGGUCACGUGUGUGUCGAUGGGUGCGUCCCGCAGCAGGGCUUGAGAUCUUCAGCCUGCAGCCUCACAGCGGCGGACGCUGGCAAAGUAUCUGUGGAGACCAAGACCAAGAACAUCUGCAGGGACUCAGAAGGGGGCAGCAGUGAUCUUUGGAACGAUCUACAGAAGGUCCUCUCUGCUCUCGAGACCUCUAGCGGUCAUGGGAGGAAGAUGCUCAGGCUUCAAACGCAGAAUUCGGAGAUAGUUCAAGCACACCAUCUCUCUGCAGCCCGGGAGAGCUGGGUGAAGGCCACACAGGUGCUGGAGGAGAUGGAGAGCGAUUUGGGGAUCUCAUACCCCUCUGCUCUUCCCCCUGAUGAGAGACGUCAGUAUCAGCGGGAUGUUCUCUCACUGUACAAACACAACCAAGACCUCAACACCUCUUUGAAGAGCCAUCAGGAAGAGCUUAUAGAAGCCGAAAGUUUGUUGAUUGAUCUUGAGGACGAGAAAAAGUGGCUGAUGGAAAAGUUAGUGGACCUGAAGAGGAAGUGGCUGUACGGAGUGAGUCGUUCUCCUCCUGUUAGUCCAUCAUUGUCCUCUAGUCGAACUUCGAGCCCUUCCUUUUCCUCUCCUCCAUAUCCUGGAUCCCCUCUGCUGUCCCGCAAACUGCCUGGCUCCAGGCCGGACUCCCCUUCAUCUCCCUGCACCGUUGAUUCUGUGCUUCAGGCCGAGAUAGAAAAGCUGCAGAGGUGCCUGGAGCGACUGAAAGCUCGGAAUGAGCGCCUGAAUGGCGCACUGGUCAGGAGGAAAGGAGAAUCAGAGCAGCUGAGCAUGAGUCUUAGCCGACAGGAGGCAGACAGCUCGGCUCUACACAUGGCUCUCGCAUACUGUGAGGAGUGUGAGGAGGCUUACAGUGAUCUACUAUCCCUGUACGAAGCCAGAAAACAACAGAACGCAGAACAAAUAAGCACACCGCAGUCUGACUUCUCAGAAGUGAACACGGACAAAGGCGAGCCAUCCUCCAGUCCACUAGAGAGCAGCGCUGAGAACAGAACAAACAGCUUAUCGGGACAGGAGUUUGAGGGCCAGGCUGGUGUAAUUCUCCAGAGGAUCGCCAGGCUGAAACAGGACAGGGCCGCAAUGUGUAUCCCGCAGCGGGUCAAAGCAGGAGAGGGCAAGAUCAGUCCUGACACUGGCACGCUUACAGGGACCAGAGGUCGCACCAGUUCACUUUCCAAAAACACUAAAGAAGAGAAAGCGGUUCUACUGUAUGAGCUGGUGACAGUCAGGGAGGAGAUGUCAGAGAUGCGUGGGAAUCUUCGGCUUCUGGAAAAAGAGAGACGGUGUUUGGACCUGGCGCUGAUGGUCCAGAGUGCCCAAGAUUCUGCUGGCGCUCUGAUCCUGGACAGUCUGCGGGAUGAGUUGGAGGAGAGGAGAGCCACCCAGCAGAGAAUUGCUGACAACCUGGCAAAUAUAGAAGUUGAAGGGGAAAUUCCUGGUCCUCGCAAUCGCUCUAUCCUAAGAGAACUGCAAGCAGCUCUGCAAAGGGAGCAAUCACUGAAGAAGAGAGUGGCAGCUUUACGUGAGUCGCUGGACUCAGCGGUCACAGACAGCACCACUCAGAGGAGGGUCAACAGAGAAGAGAAUGCACGUCUCUCCCGCUACUACAAUAAAAUCUCAAGCACUUACAGAAGUUCUCGGAAAAAGCACCAGGAGCAGCUGUGGCGUCUGGAGAAGCAAAUGGCAGUAAUGAACGAACGUCACGCUGCCAAGGAGGCUGAGCUAAGUGCCACACUGGAAGCUAUGAAGUCGACGAGAGAGGAGACCAUACUCUAAAAGACGCUACAGCACAGUUCUCAUUUCAUUGACAAAUAUUUCCGAAGGCCAAUGCCUGGUGGAUUUUGAGUUUGAGGUUGGGUAAUGAUUGACUUAGAAAUACUCAGCAUAUAAUCCACUGAACUCCUAAAAACUAAAUUGCCACUAAAUUGUUGCCAAGGAUGUGCCAUUUAGCUCUUCAAAGGUUAAUCUUUUACUGAGAUAUUAUGUAUAAUUUGGUAGUAAAAAGUAAAGCCUUGCGUAUUUUAUUGGUUCAUGGUGAGUAUGUGCAUUUUGUAAAAUGUUUGCAACAACUUUUUAUCACCUAAUUAGAACCACCCAGGCUCCAAACUAACAUUUGAGCAGUCGGUCUGGUGCCAAUAAGUUCUACUGAUGGCGUCACUGGCACCAGCACCUUAUUUGGUGACGCUGGGGGAAUUUGUUACCAUAAAGGUAAUUAAAUGAUAUUACUAUUGAUUUAGAUUAAUAAGGGCAGUUAAUUAACAACAUCAACAUGCAAAAAUCUCAUUUUAUUGGGAAUUGUUUUAGUAUUCUUCUCUAAUUGAAUGUAUCGUUGUUGUACUUUAGUAUCAUACCGACAGCAUCAGGGAUUAUAAAAGGAGCGCUCUUUAAUUGCUUUCUGUGUGAUUCAGUUACAAUUUGAGGAAAAGUUUUUGUUUUUCAUGAGACUUCUUCUUCCUUCUUUUUCACAUCCGAAAUCACCCCUAUACCCUUAAAUAGUGCAUCAUUUGAGGGGACAGCCAUUUGUAGUAGUGUCCAAAACCAUAGUGGAUGUUAUUGAGUACACUCAUUCUAUCCCACAUUGCACCGCGAUAACAAAUGUACAGCCGAUGUACGCUCUACGGCUGUCUGAAAUUAGCUUACUUGUUUUCAUUCAUUCUUUCAAGUAAACAGUAUUAGACUAACGUAAGGAAUAGGGAUUGAGGGUUUAGGGGGCGAUUUCAGAUUCAGCAACUGGAAAUGGCUAACAAGUCAAUAAGUGCUCCCUUUCCCCCAUCUACUGGUUAUUACGUUAAAAAUAACAUUAAAAAUGAUGAUUAUUUAGAGCUAUGAAGUGGUGAAAAAAGUGUAAAACUCUUGAAAGUCAUGAAAAAUGGCUUGAAUUUCACUCUUAAAAGGUUGUACGAGGCCUGAGAUGAGAAAUGUAAAAACAUUAGAUUAUUUCUGGCACAAUACCAUGGUUACAGUUAGCGUCGUUGUGGAUUGAUAAGCGCACAAUGUUUCUCUUGGAUUGCAUAUGUCAGCACUGUUUGAUCUGUGGUUUAUAACAGAGAAUUGUUUGCCAGAUUUGAUUGCUUCUCACUAAUUUUGCAGCCAUGUUAUUAAUACUACGGCAAAUUCAAAGGCUUUCUGAACGAAUCUCUCAGCGCUGUCAAAAUUUAGUCACAGACCAGCAGAAAAAAAGGUCACAAAAAUGCGACCAUUUUGUUGCAGUCUGGAGUCCUGCCACCAAAACUACUAACUAGUGUCGUCUGUCACAUACGCAAAGUACUGAAAAUCAAUGUGUAAAUAAAUGUAAAUCUUUACUUGCAUUUUUAUAACACUAUGCGGUAAGUGUGUCCCAUCAGGUAAUCAAAGGUCAUUUGGAUAGGCUUGAUAUACGUAACUCAGCUCAUGUGAGUGUACAUUUUAAAUACACAUUUAUAAUGUAUUAUUCAUUCAUAUUCAUUGUGUGUUAUAAGUAUUAUUCAUUUCUUUAUGUGUACGACUGUGUCUGUAAAAAAUUGCAAGUGCAUUUUAUUUAUCAUUUACAUUAAAGUUUUUGACACUUUAAA